AUGUCGACUGGAAGUGUGAUCAGGAGUCAGCAGCAGCACAAGGUGUUCAUUGCUAGCUCCGAUGAGUCCAAGAUAUGUGUGGUGAUGGUCGGCCUGCCGGCCCGAGGCAAGAGCCUCAUCGCCGGCAAGGCUAUGCGAUACUUGGCCUGGGUUGGUAUCCCCGCGCGUGUCUUCAAUGUCGGUAGUUAUCGUCGGCACAACACCCCCCAGCCGGCGGCUACCUUCUUUGACCCUCACAAUGAGGAAGGUGAGCGCAUGCGUCGCGCUGCAGCAGAGAUGGCCAUGUCGGACAUGCUCAGCUGGUUCCAGACCGGCAAGGGUGUAGUAGCCAUCCUGGAUGCCACCAACUCCACCGAGCAGCGUCGAAAAUGGAUCUACGAGAAGUGUCGGGAUGCCGAUAUCGAGACCCUAUUCGUCGAGUCCAUUUGCGAUGACGAGGAUCUGAUCAUGACCAACAUUCUCGAAGUCAAGACCACAUCACCAGACUACAAGGGCCAGGACCCGGAGCUGGCUGCCAUGGAUUUCCGCAACCGCAUUCGCAACUAUGAAAAGGCAUACGAGACUAUCGGCGAUAACGAGAAACAAUACACCUAUGUCAAGCUCAUCAAUGUUGGCUCAACCGUGAUCAUAAACCAGAUCAAGGAUUAUUUGUCGAGUCGGCUCGUCUACUACAUCCAGAACCUGCACAUCAAGCCGCGGUCCAUCUGGCUGUCUCGGCAUGGUGAAUCAGAGUUCAAUCUCACUGGAAAAAUCGGUGGCGACUCCAACAUCUCCGAACGUGGCGAGGCAUAUGCCCGGGCAUUGCCCAGACUGCUGCGCGAGUCUGGAGUUCCCCCCAACACCAAGAUCGUCAUCUGGACAUCGACUCUCCGCCGCACGAUCCAAACCGCCCGCCACCUGAAGGCAGAGACGGGCUACGAGAAGCUGGAAUGGAAGGCACUGGACGAGCUGGACUCGGGCGUGUGCGACGGCCUGACCUACGAGGAAAUCGCAGAGAAGUACCCCGAAGACUUUGCUGCGCGCGAUGAAGACAAGUACAACUAUCGCUACCGCGGUGGAGAGUCCUACCGCGACGUGGUCAUCCGGCUCGAACCCAUCAUCAUGGAGUUGGAGCGCAGUGAGAAUGUUAUCAUCGUCACCCACCAGGCUGUUCUCCGUUGUAUCUAUGCCUACUUCAUGAACGUGCCCCAGGAGAACAGUCCUUGGAUGGAAGUCCCACUUCACACUCUCAUCAAACUUACUCCCCGUGCAUACGGCACUGAAGAGCAGCGCUUCAAGGCUGAUAUUCCUGCCGUCUCCACCUGGCGUGGUAAGGGCAGUUCGGCUAAGCACCAGGAGUUUAAGGAGGCCCAGCACUGA